AUGGCUUCCUCAACCACACAACGACGCGACGGCAUCCCGAUACCGCGGCAGUCGCCUUUAACCCAAUCGCGGGAACUAGGCGGCGCGACACCAGAAGCAGACACAACCGCAACGGCAUCUCCCAAAACCGAGGUCUCUCCCUUCGCAAGCUCCUGGCCGCACUUCGUCGCCGGCGGCAUAGGCGGCAUGACAGCGGCCGUCCUGACAGCGCCCCUCGACGUCCUAAAAACUCGCCUUCAAUCCGACUUCUACCAAGCACAACUACGUACCGCCCGCGCCGCCUCGGGCCAUGCCCGUCUAAGCCCCCUCCGGGGCGCCACCUACCACCUCCGCGAAACGGUGCAGAUCCUGCGCGACGUGCACCGAGUCGAGGGGUCGCGGGCGUUAUUUAAGGGCCUAGGACCAAAUUUAAUCGGCGUAGUGCCCGCACGGAGCAUAACCUUCUACGCAUACGGGACGGGGAAGCGUGCGUACUCCAAGUGGACCGGUUUGGACCCUACGAAUCCGGUUAUCCAUCUAGGCAGUGCGGUGACGGCGGGGAUCGUGACGGGAACGGCGACGAACCCGAUAUGGCUGGUCAAGACGAGAUUGCAGCUCGACAAGAACGAUGCCGAGAAGAAGGGGGAUUUGAGUCGGAGGCGGUACAGGAAUAGCUGGGACUGUGUUAAGCAGGUGAUGCGGAACGAGGGGCCAACGGGGUUUUUUAAGGGACUUAGCGCGAGUUACUUGGGCGUGACAGAAAGCACGCUGCAGUGGAUGAUGUACGAGGAGAUCAAGAGACGGUUGAGGGUAAGGGAGGAGGGGGUGCUGGCCAGUGGGCGCGAGAAGACAUGGUGGGAUCAUACGGUCAACUGGACGGGGAACUUCCUGGGGGCUGGUGCGGCCAAGGGUUUGGCGUCCAUCUUGACCUAUCCACACGAGGUUGCGAGAACACGACUACGACAAGCGCCCAUGGCGGACGGAAGGCCGAAAUAUACGGGCCUAGUCCACUGCUUCAAGCUUGUCUGGAAAGAAGAAGGAUUUCUUGGCCUGUACGGCGGUCUGACGCCGCACCUCAUGCGAACCAUCCCCUCAGCUGCCAUCAUGUUCGGCAUGUACGAGGGCAUUCUCAAGAUCCUCGGCGCAAAGAGCUAG